AACUCGACUGCUUUGAGAGCCGGGUUGUCCGUUCGACCGCACACUUUCCCGCCGCGUGUAUCAAUGUGUGCGUACACGAUCACACACGGCUGCGGCCACCUGCGGCUGCCACCUGCGGAAUAACGCGCACGGAAUUCGCGUUCUCCAUAUCGCGAGCUGUUAAAAGGAUACACUUCCGUAAGUGAAAUAGUUGACACACGUGCGAGAGGGUGCGCGACCGAUAGGAAAAUCGUGCUAGCCUGAUAGGACAUGAUGAUGAAGAAUGCGUCUUCGUGCGAUGGUCCUGUGGACAGAACGUCAUCCCGCAGACGGGCAAUAAUUUAAUCGCGUAAACGCGUGUGUAUGUGUGUGUCCCUUCGUGCCAAUUGUGUCACAUGUGUGUGUUUACGCCUGAUGAUUUAUUCUGCGAGAAGCAACGAUCGGUACGAACAUAAGAAUGGCUACGUGAGAGUGGGACCAAAAAUCUUCAAAAAAGAUUUAAAUUCCAUUUCGUAUGGUUCAACAUGAGAUUGGUGGGGAUUUUUGAAGACUUCCCUAAGUUAUUUCCUAAACUGGCGCUUUAUCUCAAAAUUACGAAAGACAAUUAUCAUAAUAUUAAUUGAGUAAGCAAUAGAGAGCCCGCGAUAUUUAAAAAAAAAAACGUUUUCUAACGAAUAAAAUUAAAAAAUAAAAUUAGUAGAAAGGAACUUUAAAAAUGCAAAAUCAAAUAAAGUGAAAAAAAGUUACAGUUGUUUUAAUAGUCAACAAGAUGAACUGUUAAAAUGUUUGUCUCACUCUUUCUUUUAAUUUUACAAGUGAAACAAAAUAGGAUGGACUGUUUCGUUUAUAAUUUAUGAAAUUUAUAAUUAUGCUACUGUUGUCACAUAUUCAAAUAUUUCGUGGAAUUUAUUUCGAAGCUGAUAUCAACACGAAUCUAGUUCACCAACAGCACUGAACGCUCGACCUUGUCGUCGAUCUCCUCAUCAUAUUUUGCAUUGGCGUUUUAUAGCAGUUUUACCGUCGAUCCACCUUCGAUCAGUUUGGCAAUGCGAAUUGUUCAUAGACACGAAAUCAAUAAACUCGUAAGAGCACAGAAAAGGGCCAUCGGUGGAAUACGGAACAAUAGCCGGCAGCACUAGCGAGCCGGCAACAUAGCCCUGAGCCGGUCCGAACUGGGAUUCUACAGUCGGCUUGAAGUGGGAAAGUCUCAGAAAAACGGCAAAGCGCAGAGUAGGCGGUAAGGGCGUCGGAGGAGAAGGGGAACAAAGAAGUAGCUGCUAUUGUAAUAACGUACGUGGUCACGUGCGAGCGUGCAUGGAAAAGGUAGACUCGCGCAGAACCACAAAGACGCACGAGAGAGAACGGGGUGGGACAAGGUGGCGGCUCUGCUAAGUCACCGGCUUCCGGCGGUAGCGGCGGAAGAAAAAUGUCGAGCGUCGGGAACAGUCCUGACAGAAUGGCUCUGCAAUCGCACUAUUCCUUACGAUGGCACAACCAUCUCGCCCACAUACAACGGGCGUUCGAGGAGCUGCUGCAAGCAGAAAUGCUCGUCGACGUGACCCUGAUCUGCGCCGACAGCAGCGUCAAGGCACACAAAGUUGUCCUCAGUGCCUGCAGUCCUUUCUUCGAGAGGAUAUUCGCAGAAAAUCCGUGCAAGCACCCCGUGAUCGUGCUGAAGGACUUCUCGCAUCACGAGUUGUCCACUUUGGUGCACUUCAUAUAUCGCGGCGAGGUGCAGAUCGCACAGGAGGAAUUGCCGGGGCUGAUGAAGGCCGCGGAGUGUCUGCAGGUGCGUGGGCUGUCUUCAUCGGAGCCGAGGCCGGUGUCGACGGAGCCCAGGCCGUCGUCGUUGGCGUCAACGCCGACGCGCGAUCUGAUACUGGCUGAGCUACCGACGCCGGAGGUCGCGCGGCAUGGCACACCCGAGGAGGACGAAAACGUCGCGUUGGAGAGCACAAGGGAAAUGAAACCUAUCCUGUUUCAACCAACGAGGGACCAUCCGGCCAAGCCGCUCAUUGGCCACAUGAACUUUGGUAUCCGCGAGAGUUGCGGCUCGCCGUCAAUGCCACGCCGGAAGCAGGCGCGUCCGCGCCGGAGAUCCGGCGAAUUGCUACCGCAAGAUCUGAGCAGACGCUUGACCCCGCCGGUCAGCUCGAGUCCAUUGACGAGCGUUCUUAAUCUCAGCGGUGGUCAGCACCAGGCGCAGCAACAGCAGCUAUUGCUGCAGCAAUCUCAGUAUCAUCAACAACAAUCGAUUAACAACGCGCAGAACCAUCAACAACAGCAGCAGCAUCAGCAUCAGCAGCAGCAGCAGCAGCAGCAGCAGCAGCAGCAGCAGCAGCAGUUGCAUGAGGACAUGGCGGAGAAUCUCUCGAUGAAAAAACCCAUAUCGCCGAGCGGACUAGAUCAGCAUCAUGUGAAGACGGAGGGCAGCGAAGCGACGAGCAGUCCACGCGGCUCACCGCUCACGGGGACGAGUCUACUGCAUCAUUCGGAGGGUCCUGUACCGGACAUCCCGGCGGCCGUAGCAGCGGCCGUAGCGGCGACUGUAGCACUGUCGCUACCGACCAUGCCGACGUUGUCGCUGUCGCAACCGCAUCCUCCCGAGUACCUGACAAGCCUCGGCCAGCUCGCGGGCCAAUGGCUACCCGGGCAUCCGCAGAGUCAAAUGCCGCCACCGCCGCCGGCCCAAAGCCACCAUCCACGCGAGGACAGUCCGCAUAGUUCCAGCAGAUCUCAUCCGUAUCAGCAGCAGCAGCAACAAGAAUCGUCGCUGCCGCGACGUAGCGCUAUGGCGAUGUUCACGCCGACGUUGGACGGUGUGACAGCUCUGGGCGGCGGACUUUUCUCGCACCAUGCCAGCACGUAUGACAGAGGCAUCCUCGCGGAUUCGCUACUCACGGACAACUUUAAGCCGGAGGCGUUGCAAAAUCUCUUCGGUACUCCCAGUCUCGGCCCUCCGACCACCAAAAAGACGAAGAAGCAUCGUAAUGACGGUGACGCGCCACGUAGAUGGUCAGAUCACAAUACUCGAGCACUCGCGGUUAAUAGGCCCAAAGGGCAGCACAGCGCUCCGCGAGGAGGACCACCACGGUCCUGGACUAAUAACGAACUAACCCUGGCCCUGCAACAUGUUUGGGAAAAAAAACUAACCACGUCGCAGGCUAGUCGAAUGUUCGGUAUUCCCUACAACAGCUUGCUGAUGUACGUGCGUGGUAAAUAUGGGAAGAGUCUAAAGCUUGAGCAAUUACGUAGGAACUGUACCGGCGCAAACACCCCUGAAAUACCCAUGAACAACAAUAACAUCAAGCCCGUCCAGCAGUCCGCGCAGAUGAGCCACGGGCUCACCGGUCUGCCGCUGCAGCAUCCGGGGGACAACGGCGGCUACCCCCAUCGCGGUCUACUCGGCGGCAACAUGCCGCAGCCGCAGGGCUUCUAUCCCGCCGACUAUGCCACCGCGUCUUUUCCCUUGGCAGUGAAUAUGGUGCAUAUGUUACCCCCAAGCGAGCAGAAGGCCUUCGAAUCGUCCGUGAAUCCGGGCGUUGACGGGGGCGGGGGUGGGUGCGUAAGUGGGGGAGGGGAUGGGAGCGGCAGCAGUGGCGGUGGUGGCGACCUGACGAACUCGCAGACCAGCGAGACACCAUCUCCCAUUGUUGACCACCACCAUCAUCAGGAGCCGUCGAUGCAACCGCAACCAACGCAGUCGGCGCCCGCGUUGCUACAGCAGAACGGUUCCGAUUAG